AUGAAAAAAACAAAAAUUACAUCAAUGUUAAUUAGUCUCUCCAGAUUCUAUAAUACAGACAAAAUGGAUAUUAAUCUUAGCGAUAGUCAUUGUCAUUUUCAUCCAGAAUGUACUAUACAACAGGCAAAGAAAUUUGCAGAUAUUCUAAAUGAACUGAUAGAUCAAUUUCCACAAAACUAUCUUCAUCUUAUGACUACCCAACAUUUGGAUCUUGAAUAUUUGGAUAUACUAUUGAGUAAUCUAACAAAACCUGAAAUAAUUGUACCUUAUUUUGGUGUACAUCCUUGGUUUAGUCACUUAUUCUACAUUUCCGAGACAAUUCCCACCAAGGAAGAGCAUUACAAGAAGAUUCUUAAGCCAGAACCGAGCCCAGAAUUACUUGAGAUGCUCCCUGAACCAAUUAAUCUCAAAGAUCACAAGGAAAAAUAUUUACAAAUCAUUACAAAACAUAAUUUGAAAAUUUUUGGUAUUGGAGAGAUUGGUUUGGAUAAAUUGUUUAGAGUUCCAGGUAAUGGAUAUUACGGCAAUUUGGAUUUCCCAAUGCCACAGGGAAACAAACUAUCUCCAUGUAGAGUAAAUAUUAGCCAUCAAGUGGAUAUUUUCCAAUUUCAUUUAUCUUUUGCUAAUGAAUUAAAGAAACAGGUCUCACUCCAUUGUGUGAAGGCGCAUGGUUUAAUGUAUGAUGAGGUGAAGAAAUUCCCAGACCUAACGGUGAUCCUUCAUUCUUAUACGGGGUCGAUUCAACAGGCGGAAGUAUGGAUGAAAUUUACUCCAAAGGAGAAAUUAUUUUUUUCCUUGUCAAAUUGGAUCAAUGGGGAAAAGUCGGAACUGUUGGAACUACUUUCGGCAACGUUAGCCCCGAACCAAAUUCUCACUGAAUCGGACAUUUAUGUCGAUAGACUAUUCAUUGAAAAUAAACAACAAGAAUACUUUGGUCACAUCAGGGGUAUUUACGAUAAGCUACAUGACUACAGUUAUAUCGAAUCAUCACAAAUUCACGAGAAUAUGUUAAAAUCUAUAGGCGUAUACAAAACAUUAAAAUAA